AGAGCAUGGGGGUUACGGGUUAAAAGUUAUUUACACUGGUCGAGGUGGCGAUAUUGACAUAACGAGAUAAACCGAGUGAGGAGCGGGCGGGGGGAGAAGCUUUGCCCGGUGAGAGAUGCGCGGAGGCGGCAGACCGGAGAAGAGGAGACCGCGCCGCGUCUGGAACUAAAGUUUGGAAAAUCUGAUCACCGCAUGGAGCCUUUAUUUAGAGACGACCCCUGGACCUGUCCCUCGUGGCCUCUGUCGUCAUGGUGACCGUUCUGUCUCCCACGGCGACUGCAGCGUCUCCCACGGCGACCGUUGCUCCUCCUCUUCCUCUGAGGGUUUACAGCGGGUUUAUUUCAGCUCCAUAACACCCGAGCACCUGGGCACACGGGCAGAGAUGGCUCUUGGGUGUAACUCUGCGGUGCUCUGGCUGCUCCUGGUUUGGACAGGGGCGGCAGGUGCGUGUAUUUGCCCCAACGCCACGGACCUGUCGCUGCCCCCCUCCAUAGCACCUCCUGGUGGCUGCUGUCUGAACUUCUCCGGCUCUGCUCUGGGACCUAUAAACUGGGCGUGGUUCAGUAAUGUCUCUGGUCUGGAAGUACUGGAUCUGUCCCACUGCAACAUCACCCACAUCCACAAGGGGGCGACGGACAAAGGACCCUCCAGUCUGACCAAACUCUUCCUGAACCACAACGCCCUGCGCUCUGUCCCGACGGGCCUCCUGUUCUCCAUGUAUAACCUGACGGAGCUGCACCUCGAGGGGAACCAGCUCCACGACCUGCCCCCAGACCUCCUCCAGGACUCGCACCACAUCCAAAAACUCUACCUGAAUCAAAACAAACUCCACUUCCUCCCGGCGGACAUUUUAAAGAAGCCCAGUCUGACCACGCUGGACAUAGAGGAGAACCCAUGGGACUGCUCCUGUCAGUUCAUAGAGGAAAUAGAACUGUCCUACAACGGCAACCGCUCUUCUGACCAGGGUGCGCUCGCUAACCUCACCUGUGCGUCCCCCACUCCACUGGCCGGGCGGGCGGUGUUAGGUGUGAGUGUGGGAGAGGUGUGUCGCCCCACCCGGCUGACGGCGCUCUUCAUCACCCUCCCUCUCCUCGUCCUCUCCACCCUGGUGCUCUGCUGGUGCUGUGGGCGCACCAAGAGCAAGGAGGCACCCAUGUUCAGUGCCAAGAAGAAGGGCCACAGCAACAACCACAGUAACGGCCACAAACAGUUAACCAAACCUCCACCGAUGUCAGAUUCAACACAAGACCCCAAAGCUGAGUCUAUCGUCCAAAACCAGCUCUUACUGCGCCCUUCCUCCGCCCUCCUCAGCAGCACCAGGGACAUCUACCAGGAGGUGGAGGGAAAGCUGGGCUCCGUGGAGUCUUUACCCAGGGACGGCUCGCUCUGCUCCAGCCUGGGGGAGGGCAGACCGGGCUCGCGGGCCGUGGAGGCGUCGGAAGUGGUGGAGGUGGAUGCAGUGAGCGUGACUGAAGUACUGAGAGAUUCUACAGACAGGGAGAAGGCCUAUCUGACCCAGUCCACGGAGUAUUACAGCCUAGUGCCUGGACUGCAGCUGGACGAUUCAGACCACGGAGAGUUUGACAAUGUGGAUUUAACGUGAGGUUGUAAGAAAACACAAGGAAAAGACUUGAGACUGCUUUUUUUUAUAUAUCAAUGCUUUAUUAAAGCUGCACUGUGGAGCUUUUCUGAUGGAGGGCGCACCACUUGCUUGUCUGAUAAUGUUGCCUAGAAUGUUCCACAAUCUUUUUUUUUUUGUAACUUUAUUUUUAAGAGAGUUUUAUGGCAUACAAAAGAAUAACUAAGAAAAUACGCAAACCAGACAAGGUUAUAUGUACAAUCAACAGGUCACAUAUCACGGAUCAUUGUCCAUGGAGUGUGUAUAACAAUCCCAUUUUUUCCAAUAAUUUUUUUCCCUUGUGACGUUGUAGGCAGAGAUAAAAAUUUAUGAUUUCCAUUGUUCGGAUUUGUCUGAUAAUAUGCAUCAAAAGUACCACUAUAAGGGCCUCUUUUUCAUCCAGCAAGGUUUACUUAAACUUUUUGGGGGUAUACUAAAAAAUUAAGUAAAAAAAGACAGAUCAACUCAAGGCCCAACACUGAAUAAAUUAGGUCAACUACCUUUUUCCUGGGCAUGACCAGAAUAUAUGGCCCUGAUCCACCCUGACAGGUCUCUCCAGCAGGGGUACUGAGUGGCCAAGAACAUAUCCAUCUUUAUUCCAUUCCUAAUAAUUUUUCUGAAAUCUGAUCUUUAAAGAGGAAGAUGUGUCUUGUGUCUGCUCUAUAGUUAAAAUCUAUGACACCAGUGGAUCAUUAUGUUAUAAUUUGCAUGUUUUAAAUCUCAAUAUUCAUCCAAAACAACUUAAUAAACAAGUAAUUAAGGUGGCACUAUCAGGCAAGGUUACAAGUCAGAUCAACACGCUUACUUAGACUUUACUGAUCCACAAGGGAAAUUACUUGGACACAGUAGCUCACACAUCACAUUAUAAUACAAUAACAAAGAGCAAAAAAUGGUAAUAAAACUUCAAAAUAAGUAGCAAUAAAAAUAGCAAGAGACUGACGCAAAAUAAGACAUAAUUAUUACAGUAACAAUGCCUGUUCUUUGUGUUUUGAGCAAUAGAAACAACUGUAAUUGAUUAAAUGAAUGAUUGAAAUGACUAAAUUCAAGAUAAGACAUGUUAAAAGCCAUACUGUGGAACAUUCUAGGCAAAGCAAUAAGAUCUUCAUGGAGACAAGUAGGUAGCAGAUCCUCUACCAGAAAAGUUUCAGUCCUUAUCACGUCACAAUUUAAGGGAACACCAAAUACUAUGUGAUUUUUAUCUCUAUUUUAUAUUUUUCAUAUAAAAUAAUGUAUGUAGGUAAUGUUAAACUAAGAAAAUAAGAAAAGGUUUGGUUAUUAAGGUGAAAGAAAAACAUUUAAUACACAAAUAAAAGCUCUAAAUUGUCAGUUGAGUGUAAAGAGCCUAUAUUGCACUGUUUUUGAUCAUGUUAUAAUAUUGUUUCCUUCUAAAAAUAUACUUGGAGUAGGGAUUGAUGAGCUCUGCCGAUAUUUUUGCACUGAUACAUUGGUAUAACUUAAAUUGACUAUAAACUCACAACCCUUUCUCACCACAAACCCAUAAGAAAGUACUAUAGUCAUGUUUUUAUGCAGUUUGAGGAGCCUGUAGCGUGUAAUCCUUGUGGUAAUACAAGAAAUGCUCCACUGUGUUUUUAAACCCCACACACCUUCAAGUAGAAUAAUUUGGAUGAUUUCAGCCCUGUAUUUGCCAAACUUUGAAGUUACAGCUGUUUUUAGCCUCAAUGAAACAGCGUCACUUGUUGAUGGACCAAUUGACUUUGUAUAGACAGGGUUCCCACAGUCAUGGAAAUCCUGGAAAAGUCAUGGAAAGUGAAAAUGUUGUUUUCCAGGCCAUGGAAUUUUGUAAAUCAAAUUAAAGUUUUGGAAAAAAACAUGGAAUUUUAGUAUCUCUUUCACGCAACUACUAGCCUGAUUCAUCAGCCGGUUUCACUUCGUGGAAACCGUCUGACCC